AUUAGAUACCGCGAUGAUGAAGGUUAAUGUCGUAUUUUUUUGUAUAAACUUUGUUCGAAUUUUGGGACAGUCUGUGAGUGACUAUGAAGUAUUAAUAAAUAAGGCCAUAGAAGAAGCGAAUAGUUAUACACUUGAUACUGACGCUUCUAGGUACAAACCCAAGUCAGAAGACAUACAUGAUUUUGGUGAUUUUGACUACAUAAUUUUGGGAGGCGGCACGACUGGUUGCGUUAUAGCAAAUCGCCUCUCAGAAAUACAGACAUCAAAAGUUUUGAUCUUGGAGGCUGGGCAGAUUUCAAACAGUGUUAAAACUGAGAUUCCUUCACUGUAUAGCCAAGCUGGUGUAAGUGACUUUAACUGGGGAUUUUACAGCACCCCACAGAAAUACGGAUGCCAAGGUUUUGUAAAUAAAUCUUGCCCGUGUCCAAGAGGUCGAGGCGCAGGGGGAACAUCACUCAUCCACGGUUUGAUAAACUCGAGAGCUAACAAAAUAGAUUUUGAUCGACUAGCUGCAUUGGGGAGUUCUGAUUGGUCGUACUCAAACGUGCUGAAGUACUACAAAAAAUCCGAGACCCUCACACAGACAAAUCCACUGGCGACUAUAUACCCGAAAUACCAUGGAUAUAACGGACCAUGGAGCGUGGAAAAUCUCAACAUUGAAAACCCACGAACUACAGCCUUCAUAGGCGGAAAUUUGGAAUUGAAGUCCAAAAAAACAGAUUAUAACAGCGCGUACGAGGAUGGAGUGUCGCGUUUGCAAGUCAGCAAAAAAGAUGGAAAACGAGCUGAUACUGCUACUUCCUAUUUAGUUCCGAUUCUUAAUAGAAGCAACUUGGUUGUAUCAGUGGAAAGCUUCGUAUUGAAAAUAGAAAUAGAUCCUGAGACUAAAUGUGCCCAGAGCGUUCUGUUCACCAAAAACGGUACUGUAUUCAGAGCCAACGCAAAGAGGGAAGUAAUACUUUCUGCUGGCGCAUUUAAUUCACCACAGAUCCUGCAACUAUCUGGUGUUGGACGACGAAGUGAACUGAGUAAAUUUAAUAUAUCAGUUGUUAGUGAUUUGGGCGCGGGUGAAAAUUUAAUUGAUCACGCCGUGAUUUCUCUAACCUUAACACAUAACACCACAGAUCCAGAAGCCAACCUAACGAAAUCCAUAGAGGAUUUUCUUGAUAAUAAAGGUGUGCUGGCGUCUACAGGCGCGGAAGGUGUAGUUUUUUUCGGGAAGUAUCCUGAAAUUAAGUUGGUGAACCUGGCGAGUGUACCAAGUCCCGUACCGAACGUAAAUUUAAAGGUAUCUAGAUAUUCACCUUCUACAUUACUGGAUUUAGCACUCUCUAACCCUAAAAAAUCGUUUGGUUUUCUGGCAAAUGUUCUGGCCACACGUUCAGUAGGUUCAGUUACCCUUAAAAGUAACUCCCCAUAUGAUUACCCCCUAAUAAACUCAAACGUACUGUCGAACGCACAGGAUCUGGAGAACCUCUACCGCCUGGUGGAAAAAGUCAGGAGCCUUACAGAAACAAACGCCUUCAAAAAAAUCGACGCCAAACUCGUCACCCCAAAACUAUCAGCUUGUAAAGGCAGCGAAUUCGACUCCAAAGACUAUUGGUUCUGCGUGUUCAAAGAACUGGCUUUUCCAGCGUAUCACCCCAUGGGUACCUGCGCUAUGGGGAAGAAUCCUAAAAAGGGGGCUGUUGUAGAUCCAAAAUUAAGGGUGUUUGGGGUGAAAAAGUUGAGGGUUGCAGAUGCAUCAGUUUUUCCUUUCCCUAUUAGAGCUCAUCCUGCUGCCAACUGUGUUAUGUUGGGGGAGAUGGUUUCUGAUUUUGUCAAAAAUAAUAAAAAUAAACAAUGCCAUUGUUAAAUAGGUAUUUAUAUUAAAACAUGUGUUUGUGUGUCAUUUUUUAUCAUAAUGUAUUCAAAUUGUUUUAAAAUAUUUUUAAAUUUAUAA